UGCUGAAUACGAUUAUUCUGCCUUUGCGACCAGUGUAGAUCAUGAUCAUGAUCAGCCUGCACAUCCGUGAAGUCUGAUCAUGAUCUGCUCUGCUUGCCAUUCAAGUCUGUAUCUUUUUGGUAAGCACCCAUUUUAACAAUUAAUGGUACUGUCUAAAUUGAAAGACUGACAAGUUCAUUAUAGAAAUUUAGCAGGAUAAGGGUAAAGUUAAUGAUAAUUUUUAUGUUACUACAGUAAAACCUGUAUUUAUUAAGCAUCCGGCUUGAGAGCGAUAAAGUCUGGCCGUUGUUUAUAAUGCGGCUGCCACACUUUUAUUAUGAACAUGAAAUAUAUUAAUUUUUCAACUUUGUUAAAUUAUAUUUUCAAAAUGUUUUCUCCAAUAUGUGCCAAAAAUUUGAAUAUUGAUUAACAUAGUAGACAGUUUUAUUGAAUAAAUUAUAUACAUUACCUCCCUCUAUCGCUGUAAUUGUAUAAGUUCAUGGCAGAAAUGGAAGUAGUGCUUUUCUAACUAAUGCUAAACAUCUAUUUGGAUAGUGGUUCCAUCUAUUUUCAACAUAAAAUUUAAAGGCUUUUGGGUCUUUAGGGACGGUGGCUGCUUAAGAGACAUUGAAAUUAGAACAAAACUUACUUCACUGGUUGUUAAAGCUAGGAGGCUGUUUAAUAUAGGGGACUGCUAAGGCAGGUUCAGCUGUAUUCAAAACUGAUAGUCAGUCUCAACUGGAGUUUAGUCUUAAAAGUUGUAGAAUAAAAUACUGAAACUAGAAUUUAAUAUUAAAGAUCUAGUAAAAUUUCCUAGUCUCAAACUCAGCCGAGACCGAAAAUGUUUUGUGGACAGGGGGCCAGGACUGUAUAUGAACAUUGUUUUCACGAUAUUCACAUUUGGAACAAAGAGAUAGUUAUGGGUCUUUAAAUUAUACUAUUGUCAGGACUGUGAAUCAAUUCCCCUAUAAAUGACAAAAUAAGUAUGAAAAGACGGUGUCUUUGUUUUCACUACGUAUCGUUUUUCAGAUAUUGUCAGUGAUCAAUAGAUUUAGUUCAUAUACAUGUAUAUUAAACUGCCUUUAUAACUUUAAAAAAUAUCGGCAUUACAAGCACACGGUGAAUGUGGUUGUCGAUUCGGAAGUGAAAACAAAGUUCAUAUGCUAAACAAUGAGAUGAUGUGAACAAUUAUUGAAGAUUGGAAGACAGACCGCGAUGUUGAUGUGGAUAUUGUUGAUGUGUAUGGUGCCAGUGACUGCAGCAGCAGGUGAUGACAACAAUAACACGAUAACGUUAAUAAUAGCCAUAACCGCUGCCGUCGUAGGUAUAGGUAUCAUCGUCGUCGUCGUCAUUGGCUGUAUGUACUACUCCAAGUCAGUUAAAAUCAUCAAAGCUAAGGUUAAAAAGCAGAUUAUCAAUAGCAAAGAGAAAAGAAAUAUUUAUAGACCUGACAAACUUUCUCUUGACGAUUAUUUCAAAGCGUAUGAAGACGAAGAGAAAAGAACAUUCUUCCAAGAUGAUAAGGUAGAUAUAACAGGUGAUAAAGUAGCACCCGCUAAUAUAACAGAGACAGAAAUAUUGGAAAACCAUUUAAGAGAAACAACAGAAAAUGAAAGACAAGGAACUGAGGAGAACUUGCAAAUGUUUCAAUUGAAAGAACUUUAUCAGGAUGAAGAAGCGCCAGAGCUUGAAAAACUCGAUGAAGACGUUUAUAUUGCUGGACAGGAAGAAACAUUAGAUGAGGACACGAUUACAAAAUAUUUUUCAAGAGACAUUAAAGAAAGGGAAGAUAAUGAAAGUGUUGAAGAAGUUGUUCCUCUUCAACAAAUUCUGAUUCCGUCUACAGAUGGAAAGCAUAAAGUUUUAAAAAAUAAGUCGGGGUCUCGUGGAUUUUUAACAGCAGACCAAACUCGUAAUUCCAGAAAUCAGAACAAGAAUUAUAAAAGAUGGAAAAUGUUAAAUUUGGAAACAAAAGCAAAGCAUGGAACUGCUCGAAGAAAUCUAAAAUCUCUUACAACAAGACAUAAAAUCUAUGGCUACUUUAGAAAGCCGUUUAAAACCAAAGUAUUAAAAUUACGAAUCAACAAAACCAGAAAGAAUGACGGAUCUAAAAGUACAAAAACAAAAGCUAGUAAUGUUGUUAUGGAUAAAGAUAUUGUUUAUGUAAAUGAAAACUUCGUGGUAGACAAAGAAGAACCAACAACACUUAUAGCUGACGAAUAUGACAAGAAAAACAUUCCAGAUGAAACUGAACGACGUCUUCAUACCAUUGAAUAUGGGUCUCAGAACUACGAGGCUGUUGAAAACAGAACAGAACCUAAAAGUAGAAUCUCAGCUGACUCAAUAGCUCAUAAUAUAAGAAAAGAAUUAAAUGAUGGCCAAAAACUACAAGACAUCGGCUUUAGAUAUACCACUGACUCAAAAACAGAAACUGAAAAGACAGAAGACAAAGCUCCUAAAGAAAAAACAAAACAAAUAAAGAGAAGGUAUAGUAAAAUUAUUCACAAUCCCGUCAGUGCAGUUCGGCUUAAAUAUAUUAAGAAAACAUACUUGGAGUCAUCGCAUACUAGUAUUAAGAAAAAUAAAGUAUCAACACUACGAAUUAACAAAACUUCAAAGAAUGAUAAACAUAAAGUAACAAAUGAGAAAGUUGAUAAUCGUGUAAAAGAUAAAAAUGCAGUUGAUAUAAAUGAAGAAAUUGUGUUAGACGAUGAAGAGCUAGAAACUCGUGUAGCUGAUGAAUAUAACAAGAAAGACAAACAAGAUGAAACUGAAUCACAUCUUCAUGACUCUGAAGAUGAGACUAGCAUAAGCAAGUCUAUUGAAAACAGCAAAGAUGCGAUGCAACCGACAACAGCUGAUUCCGACACUCAUACGGACAUGCAGACAUUGGACACAGGUUAUGAUAAACAUAAAGUAACAAAUGAGAAAGUUGAUAAUCUUGUAAAAGAUAAAAAUGCAGUUGAUAUAAAUGAAGAAAUUGUGUUAGACGAUGAAGAGCUAGAAACUUGUGCAGCUGAUGUAUAUAACAAGAAAGACAAACAAGAAGAAACUGAAUCACAUCUUCAUGACUCUGAAGAUGAGACUAGCAUAAGCAAGUCUAUUGAAAACAGCAAGAUGCUAUGCAACCGACAACAGCUGAUUCCGACACUCAUACGGACAUGCAGACAUUGGACACAGGUUAUCAACAAGAAGACACGGGUUCUACACAUAUCAGUAAUUAGGAGACAGAAUCAGAAAAGAAACAGGUUAAAGAACAAAUCAUUUAAAGUAAUGAAAUAGUUUGGUUGGAACCAUCCUGUAUUAACCAUUACCCUCCUUAAUUUUUAUAUGAAGAACUUGUCCAUCUUUCAGUUUGGACAGUACCAUUAACUGUUGAAAGUGGUGCUUAGCAAAAAGGUACUGACUGUUGAUUAGUCUUCUAGAAAAUGGUAUGCAAUGCUAUACCAACAAAGAGAAAGAAACAGAGGUUGAUAAUCAUUUGUUAAAGACCAUUUUCCAGUUGUAUAUUUAAUUCUAAUUUCAACCCGACUUUAUCAGCACCUGCCUUAGGCACCCAAACUGUAUCACUCCCUUGGCUGCAUGCUGAUUACUAAAUAAGGCUUUACUAUAAAUGUGAAUCUUUGGCACGUAUUC